AGGUCGUGUCGUCCCUGUCGCGUGAUUGGCGUGUUCGCUUGACUUGUGCUGCGCUACAUUAGUCUCUCGUCUACCCGGGUCUCGGUCUUCUCUCUGUCGCAUCCGUCGCCGUAGCAGGUCGCACAGUCGCGUCGCGUCGUCGUUCCGCUCAUUUUAGAGGCGCUUCAAAACUCGUCUCGCUCGUCUCUCUGUCGCAUCCGUCGGCAUAUCACAUCCGAGUAGCAUCUGUCGCAUCCGUCGCCGUACCACAUCCGAUUAGCAUUUGUCGCAUUUGUCGUCGUGUCUCAUCACAGAGUUGCAUUGUUUCAUUCCUGCGUGGAGGAGGCCGUGCCACGUGCGAUCGUGCCUUGAGAAUCGCGCGAUGCGCCACGUGUGAUGUGUGAUGUGGCAUGCUGCAGGCAACGGUACAGAACUAGCGGAGGGGAGGGAGAAACGGAGACUCACACGGAGACUACGGUCCAGUACAGUACAGCACGGUACAGUACAGUACAGGGACGCAAAGCCUAGUCAGCAUUUACACAGAGACUAGUACCGUACAGUAAACGGACGCAGACUGCCAUUCUUUCCCUGGAAGGGAGCGAUCAGGGCCGUUUCUUAGUCGACUCGGCAGUUUCUUUUUUCGACUCGGCAGUUUCUUUUUCGUCUGCCGCCGUGCGACUGGUUGCGCCAUUAUUUAGUCGACUCAGCGUGCCGUUUUUCGUCCGCCGCCGUGCGACUGAUUAGUCUGAUUGGCCGUUCGUCUGUCGUCAUGCGACUGCUUAGUCUGAUUGGCCGUUCGUGCGACUGCUUAGUCUGAUUGGCCGUUCGUGCGACUGCUUAGUCUGAUUGGCCGUUCGUGCGACUGCUUAGUCUGAUCGCCUGUCAUGGGGGGCCUGUCGUCGCCAUGCUCACACGCGCUACUGUACACUGAGCAGCUCAUGAGUCAAGACGCAACGCAGCAGCAUCGAUCGAAAGCCGAAAGCCGUGAGUCGUCGUGAGUUGUGAGUCGUGACUCGUGAGUCCUCCUGACGUAGUGUCUUGACUCGGGGUUUGAGCCACCUCCCUCCAGUCUCAGGGUCUCUGAGCCAUCUCCCCCGGAUUAGGGUUUGGCUGAGGGUCUGAUUGCCCGUAAGUCUGCCUCUGAAGGCGAACGUAACCUUUGUGUGGCUGGGAUAGGUUAGGUUUUCCCCGAGCCAACCAGCCCCCGGUUCGGAUGGUACUGUAGCACCAAUAACAGGCUGGACUCUGGUCUGUCCGUCUCGGAAAUAUCGUAGGCACGUGGACGAUUCUUAUUAGUUCGACUCAAAUCAUUCUUCGAGCCGACUUUCCUUUUUUUAGGUCAGCUCAGGAGAGUCGUAGGCAUCGGGGGGGGCAUUUUCGAGCCAAGAGCUCGACAUACAUGAGAGAUGAUUCCCGAUCGUUACGCUGGGAAGCUGUUACUAGGAUAAAAGUGACUGACUACCAUAGAUCCGUCGUCGUUUCGGAUUCGAUUGGGGAUUCCGACAGAUUCACCAGCAACGAUCAGUGAGCCGUCGUUAGUCUGUAAGCGGUCGAGAUUCCAAUCAGACCGCCCCGUCGCUCCCAUGUUUCCCCACCACGGCACUCCAUCGCCAACCAUCCCUCCAUUCCUCUCCUCCUCCUCCUCCCCUUCCCACUCCCAAGCCUCAACCAUGACCGCCGAGCCGCUCUCUCUCCCCGCCCUCCUCUCCCUCCCCGUCGAAGCCGUUUCCUCGAAGCUUCGCUCGACGCCGCCCGCGCAUUUGGAGCAUCUGCGCGUCUCGUUAUGGGACAUCCUCGGCACGCCCGACCGCAAGCCGGAGUUUCUUUCCCUCCAGCGCCUGCUUGUAUCGCGUACGGGCGCCGGCGUGGGCCUCACCGCGGAGUCCCUCGCUCGCGCGCAUUACACGCAUCUUAAGAUCCUAGUCGCGGUUCGAACCGGCAUCCAGGCGUUUCUCCACCCCGAUAUAGCCAUCCCGCCGGCGUCUUUAAUCGAGAUUUUCCUCCGCCGCCGCUGCCAGAACAUGGCCUGUCAGAGCCCGCUUCCCGCGGGCGGCUGCCGCUGUCGGGAAGGAGGGGGGGGCGGCGCGAAUGAGUUAACCUCCCUUGGUACUACCGCUGCUACUGCCGGUAGCAGCGCCGGUGGUGGUAUUGGUGGUUCAGGUGGCGCGGGUGGUAGUAGUACUACUGCUGCUAGCACUAGUACGGAGAUCGGAGCGGGGUUUUGCAAUCUGUGCAUGUGUGUGGCGUGCGGAAAAUUCGACUUUGACACGAACACGUGUCGGUGGAUCGGGUGCGAUUUCUGCCUGCACUGGUGCCACACGGAAUGCGCCCUUCAUAUGGGCUUCGUCCGCCAUGGCGCAGUGGGGACCGGGGGAAGCGCAGGCGCUGCCGGGGGGAGAGGCGGAGGCGGGGGUCAGGCGGGCGCGGCGGGGGCGGCGCAGGGAGCGCAGGGAGGGCAGUCCGCGGACGGGGGAGGUGCGGGGACGAGCGCGCAGUUCGCGUGCCCCGCGUGCGCACGGUC